AUGGACGGGCUGCACGCCCACCUCAGCGUCAGCAUUCAGGACGCCCUGCAGCUCCACAGCUACGACACGGCGACGUUUCUCGCGGAGCAGCUGGUGGCGCUGAGGCCGUGCGAAGCGAGCUCGUGUCUCCUCGCAGAAUGCUUCGUCAGACAAGGCCUCUUCCACCGCGCGCGCCAGACGCUCCUGCUCGCGCGUGGGCCCGAGGCCCGCUACCUCCUCGCGCACUGCUGCGUCCAGCUCGGCAUGUACGACCAGGCCGAGGCCGCACUGCUUCAAAUCCUGUCCAACGUGUCCCUGCAAAGCGGCGCGGGGGCGCGCUCCGUGUGCGCGCUGAGCCUGCUCGGGUCCGUGUGCCAGCGCACGAACCGCGCCGAGGACGCCGCGGGGUACUAUAGGAGGGCCCUCGAAUUAGACCCCCUGCACUGGACCGCCGCCAAGGCCCUGGCCGACAUGGGCGCGCUCGACCCGCUCGCGAAACCCGACCAGAGCGAGAUCGACGCGGCGACCUCGCCGCCGCUUCCGGCGGCGCCGGCGCACGCGCCGGAGGGGGGGGUCGUCCAGCUCACUCCCCCGGGGUCCGAGAGCGACCGCGUCGCGUCCGCGGGCGCCGCCGGCGCACCCGAGGCCCCCGCGCGCGCAGCUCAGCCCCCGGCGCGCCCCGGCACCGGAGGCCCGUCCAGCAUCCCGCGGCAGCUCCAGUGGGACUCGCAUCCCAGCGCGGCGUACCCGCAGCACUCGCGCUCCAGGGCUCCGUUCCCGGGCUCCGUGCGCGACGCCGCGCACGACAUGCUGAUCAGUCCGCUUCCGCCGCCGAACUUCUCGCUGCUGACGCCGGCGGAGGUGCCGCAGGGCGCGGAAGCGGGGACGCCGCAGGGCACGCCUGGGUCGUUCGCGACGCCCGCGGAGCAGCUCCGCGGCGCGGAGAGCCAGGUGCCGGGCGUGCCGCAGAAGCAGCGCGGCGCCGGGGGCGCUGCCGCGGAGGGGGGGGUGUCUUUCCCUUACUUCAGCGGAGUGCCCCCCUCCGCGCCCGGCACGACGCCCGGGCUGCCGGGCAUGCAGACGAACGCGGCGCCGGCCGGCGGCGGGAAGCGCGCCAAGGUCUCCGGCCGGCUGUUCGAGAGCAGCGCCGUCGCGCCGGAGCCCGACCUCCAGACCCCCCCCCUCGGCGCCCAGGCUGGCCUCCGCGCGGCUGUGGCGGCCGGGCCGCCGGGACGCUCGCCCGCGGGGCUCAGCCUCGCGCGGGCGGCGCUGUGGGGGGUCCUGGAGGGCUACCGGCUCCUGCACCGCUACCGCUGCUCGGACGCCCUCGUUGUGCUCUUGGGGCUGCCCGCCGCAGUGCAGCGCACGACGCGGGUGCAGAUCUUGAUCGGGGCGUGCCACAUGGAGAACCUGUCGUACGGGCCGGCGCUCGCGGCGCUGCGGGAGGCGCGGCAGGUGGACCCCACGUGCGCGGCGGGGCUGGAUCUGGAGUCGACGGCACUGUGGCAGCUGCGCCGGUCGACGGAGCUGGCGACGCUCGCGCAGGUGGGGCUGGCGCUGGACCGGCGGUCGCCGCAGGCGUGGUGCGCGGCGGGGAACUGUUUGUCGCUGCAGAGCCAGCACGAGGAGGCGGUGCGGUGUUUCCGACGCGCAGUGGCGCUCGACCCGCGGCUGGCGUACGCGCACACGCUGUGCGGGCACGAGCUGCUCGCGAUGGGCGACACGCAGGGGGCGUACCAGGAGUACAAGGAGGCGACGAUGCUGUCCCCGCGGCACUACAAGGCGUGGUUCGGCCUCGGCAUGGUGUACGCAAAGGAGGAGAAGUGGGAGCAGGCGGCGUACCACUACCAGCGGGGCCUGGGAAUACACCCGCAGUCGGCGGUGCUGCGGUGCCACCACGGGCUGGCGCUGGCGCGGCAGGGCAUGCCGCACCAGGCCCUGUCAGACCUGCAGAGGGCUAUUCAGUUGGACCCCAGCAACCCCCUGGCGAGGUAUGAGAAGGCGGGGGUGCUGAUGGACCUGCAGGAGUGGAAGGCGGCGCUCGAGGAGCUCUCGGCGCUGAAGAAUAUCGCGCCGCUCGAACCCUCCGUGCACGAACAGCUCGGACGAGUGUACAGGAAGCUGGGGCAGACGGACAAGGCGAUGCUGGCGUAUACCACGGCGCUGGAUCUGAAGCCGCCCGCGUCCGAGGUGCCCGGGCUGCGACGCGCGCUCGACCGCAUCAACGUCCCCGACGACUCGGACUCGGAGGAGAUCUGA